CCAAGGUUCAUAUGGGAAGAAGCACACCUUGCCUUGGACCGCUGCGGUCAUGUCGAGGUCCGUCCAUUCUCCAUGGGACGCCCAAGACGACUUUCGAAGCCUCCGUUCCCAUGCUCCUCGUCACACUCGUUUUCCUUCAAUAUCUGAAUUUUCCGAUUCCCCAUCAGUCUACAGUCACGCUUAUUUCUCUCCAGACAGCGGGGAUAUUGAACCAGAUACCAGUUCAUAUCACUCCAGCCAGCGUCGGCCAUCUAUAUCUAACUCUGACUACCUUGAUGAUCAUGCAGCGAGUAUCCUGGAUCUUGAUGAUGAGGACGUUACGGGUGUUUCAAUUCACACUGUAGAUAUAACUGACGACACGGAGAAUGACGACGAAGACGACGAAGACGAUGAUGCCUCACACAGGAUGAGUGUUCAGGGCCCCAAGAUACGGUUUCACUCUCGAGCUCCUUGGGAAACUGGAGAAGAAGACACGAUUGACGGGAACGAGAAAGUCAAAAGUAAGAAUGUGAAGGCUGAUCUCAUACGGCACUUUGGCAAGCGUUCCUCCGCCAGACCCAGCGCCGAGUCAUUCCGUUCUCAGGUUCAGUUUAGUGAUUCUUUUGAAAUUGUUACGGGCAAUCAUUCUAGUUCGCGAGGCGCCUUGUACACCCUGGCCCAGGAAUCAUUCUCGACCUCCUCUUUGACUGUCCCCUCUCAACAGUUACCUGCCCCUUCGUUAAGAAGUCGUCAUAAUUUUUCUCUUCCCCGCACUACAAACUAUCCACCCACAACUCACUAUGACGACCAUACGCCGGAAGAGCCUCGGUCUCCCUCCGGCUCCUUGCAACAAUUGGGACACAUUCCCCAGCCGACAUCCUCUGCACAAGAUACACCCAGACCAUACUCUCCAUCUUCGGAGGUUCCGCCAAAACACGAACGUAGUGCUACUGUUUCAUCGACUUAUACUUUCCAAAGUCGUCUGUCUCACGAGGACUUCGUACAUCCCUAUGCCAACCCUGAUGUGGUGGCUUCUUAUGCUCCUCUCAGAUCUCCUCAGCUUUGUUCUACCUUUGGACAUAUCCCGCGAAGCGAUUCGGCUGCCACCGUGACUGACUCACUGAGUUCGCGGUCCGGUGCUUUCUCAUCUACUAUUACACCAGACACCUCUGCCUCCUCCAUACCAUCGCGAGAUCACAUUCCCUCCACAAGUAUGCGCGUUCAUGGCAAAGAUAUUUCUCCCCCCCAUCACACGCAAUGCGAUCAGAGCGCCAGCUUGCCGUCUUUCCACCGCCCGCCCGUAUUUGAAGGUGUCCCAGGCUGGAAUGGUCAUUCCUCUCCGAUUGUCACUUUGAUAUCGCUGCAGGAGGCACAGGCGAGAGAAAGGACCCGCAGUGCUACUGCCAAUGCCGUGGUUUCGUCACCCUCUCCGGUCCAUGAAACUACUUCGCGCAUUCCUUUUCCUGAGCCAGAUGACUCUGCCAGUAUAGCGAGUACUGAGACUUCUGCUACUGGCAACUUCAAGCGGGCUCGCGCUCGCUCCACCAGUACUGGUGCUCGUGCCAAAAAUGUCCUUCAUUCAGUCGUUGCGGCAUCUUUGCAUAGUAAGCCUGAGCGAAGGGGUUCAGAACCCGAUGUCGUUAAUCCCAGCGGGCAAGCUCUGAGGCACAAGAAAAGCGGGUUUAUGAGACUCUUUAAUGGGCGUGAACGAGAGAAAGGUCGUGACAAGGGGAAGAGUCCACCACCCCCAGUUCCGCCUUUACAUGGUGUUUACGCUCACGGAGAUAACAAAGAUAGCAAAUCGUCGCUUCCGAUCAUCCCACCUCGCUUGUCGUCCUUGGGCUCAGAUGGCGGGAGCCACGCUGCUCUCAACAAUGAGUCCUCAUCAGAUGCCGAACAGGAGCUUUCCCCAAAGUCGUCGUCACCUUCGCUGAAGCGCGCCCCGCCCUCGUUGUACAUAUCCACCGGCGCAUCAAAGCACUCUCCACUCUGUGCUGAACAUCGACCCACAGACCCAGCUCAGUCGGCCAUUGACUUUCAAGCUCUCAAGCUACGCCCAAUAUCUACGACGUUCAGCUCUCAAUUCGCUGACAUCGUUGCCAUCCUGGAGGCAGAGCAAGUCUCAGAGCUCGAACUAGACACGCCGACAUCUACAAAUAGUUCAGUGGCAGCGCUCUCGCCCUUCACUCCUGGAUGGUCGCGACCCAGCGACGAUAAAUCAUCGCCAGUGGAACAGUCCCUCGUAAUAAAGGCUUUACAGGAACAGAUGAUAGCAACGAAGAAUGCCUGGCAACGCCAAGUCUGGGACUUGCAAGGUCAAGUGAGGGACCUGCAAGCUGAGAUCGAGGAUUUCUAUGCUGUGGAUGAAGACAAGGGAUAUUGCGAACACUGCGGUAGGGGGGGUCCCAGAAAGGAGCGUGAAGCUUCUAAUGCAGGAACGAAGAAAAUUGGUGUCGUCGACAGAGCGAGGGGACGCACGGGUGAUACCUCUCGCUUCGUCAGUAGGAACUAGGCAGGUAUCUGACAAUCACAACGACUAUCCCAUUCACUUAUCUAGGAAGGUUGGAUCGCCAUCACGGCACUCGUCACUCGUUAUUUCUUGUUUCGGCUACAUCAAAUAUGGCUGUUAAUCAGUCGAUUGUGUGCGUUUUGAUAUCUGGAUUUACACUAUCCAUCUAGCUCUUGUCUUAUGUGUAACUUCUUGUUUUUUCUCCCCCGUCGCUAAUCAGACAUAAUUUUAUUCACCUUAUAAAUUUAUCGGUACCACAUUCCUUUGGCGCCUUCCCCAUUGUCGUUCCUUGUCGAUACCUUUGAUUUGUUCCUGGUUUUCAGUCCAGUUAUAUAUACUUCUCGAUCGUUCGAGUACUGUGUAUUGUUCGCUAUGUUUUCUCGCAAGUAGAUGUAUGUGAUAUAGAAACAGUCUAGCUGUCCAAAAGUCCUAUGCAU